GGCGAGCAGGACUGAGGCAAGGUAAAUCGGCGGCGACAGAGAGAGAGAGAGAGAGAGAGAGAUUGGAUGAGAUACGCAUCGCCGAACAGGAGAUGGCUAUGGCGGGAUCUUUGUCACGUUGUUUGGCGGAGGACAAGCGGGAGGAGGAGCGAGAGCAGCGGGAGGAGGGAUGGGAAAAGGAGCGGGAAAAGGAGUGGGAGGAGGUGCGGGAGGGGAAUUGCGAAGGGGCAGAGGAGCCGCGGGAGGAGGAGCUGGAGAAGGAGGAGCGGCAGGGGAAACGGGAAGGGGGUUGGGAGCGGGAGAAGGAGCACGAGGAGAAACGGGAAGGGGCGGAGGAGGCGCGGCAGGAGGGGCGGUAGAAGGAGCGGAAGGGGGAGCGGGAGGGGGAGCGGGGAGGGGGUUAACGAACGCGCGGGAGGCGGAGGAGGGGGAGGAGAUAUAGGUGGAGGAGGAGAAGCAGGAGGAGCACAAGGACGAGCGGGAGAAGGAGCGACAGGAGGAACGGGGGAAAGAGCAGAGGAAGCAGCGGGAGAGGAGGAGGAGAGGGAGGAGGAGCAGGAGAACGAGCGGGAGCGGGGCUAUGGAGGGAUCUUUGUCACGUUGUUUGCCGGAGGAGCGGCAAGGGGAGGAGGAGGAGGAGCAGGAGUGGGAGGAGCAGGAGAAGGAGCGAGAGAAGGCGUGGGAGAAGGAGUGGGGAAGGAGCGGGAGCGGGGCUAUGGUGCGGGAAGAGGAGCGAGAGGAGGGGGAGAACGAACGGAGGAAAAAGCAGGAGAAGCAACGAAAGGAGGACGAGCAACAGGAGCGGGAGGAGACGGAGAGAGAGAGAGAGAGAGAGUUUUUCAGCCAUGCACGCAGACAGAUAGAGAGAGGCUACUUCCGUCGAUGGGAUAAGAGAGAGAGAGAGAGAGAGAGAGAGAGAGAGAGAGAGAGAGAUUU